UCAUCGCAGUGAGCGCAGUCAGGCUCUCUGCGGCAGACAGACAGCGUGGAGCAAACAUGGUGCUCGACUUGGACCUGUUCCGCACCGACAAAGGUGGCGACCCAGAAGCCAUCCGGGAGACCCAGAAGAAGAGGUUCAAAGAUGUCACGCUGGUCGAUAAGCUGGUGGCCGCUGAUACGGAGUGGAGGAAAUGCCGCUUCACUGCAGACAACCUGAACAAAGCUAAGAACCUCUGCAGCAAGAGCAUUGGGGAGAAAAUGAAGAAGAAGGAGCCAGUCGGGGAGGAUGAGUCCGUACCCGAAGAAGCACAGAACGUGGAGUCCCUAACAGCUGAAACGCUCUCGCCCCUGACGGUGUCCCAGAUCAAGAAGGUGCGUCUGUUGGUGGACGAAGCGGUGGAGAAAAGCGACAGCGAGAGGAUAAAGCUGGAGGCGGUGCGCUUCGAGUACCUGAGGGAGAUCGGCAACCUUCUGCACCCGUCUGUACCCAUCAGCAACGAUGAGGACGCAGACAACAAGGUGGAGCGUACCUGGGGCGACUGCAGCGUCCAGAAGAAGUACUCCCAUGUGGACCUGGUGGUCAUGAUCGAUGGCUUUGACGGAGAGCGGGGAGCUGUUGUGGCCGGGAGCAGAGGUUACUUUCUGAAGGGCCCGCUGGUGUUCCUGGAGCAGGCACUGAUCACCUACGCCUUAAGGAUACUCCACAGCAAGAACUACACCAUGCUCUACACGCCCUUCUUCAUGAGGAAAGAGGUCAUGCAGGAAGUCGCCCAGCUCAGCCAGUUUGACGAUGAGCUCUACAAGGUCAUCGGUAAGAGCAGCGAGAAGUCAGACGACAACUCCAUCGACGAGAAGUACCUCAUCGCCACCUCAGAGCAGCCCAUCGCCGCCUUCCUGAGGGACGAGUGGCUCAAACCCGAGGACCUGCCCAUCCGCUACGCCGGCUUCUCCACCUGCUUCAGGCAGGAAGUUGGCUCCCACGGCCGGGACACCCGCGGCAUCUUCAGGGUCCACCAGUUUGAGAAGAUUGAGCAGUUCAUCUACGCCUCCCCGCACGACAACAAAUCGUGGGAGAUGUUUGACGAGAUGAUCGGGACGGCAGAAGAGUUCUACCAGACACUAGGAAUUCCUUAUCGCAUCGUCAACAUCGUCUCCGGUGCCUUGAAUCACGCCGCCAGUAAGAAGCUGGACCUGGAGGCCUGGUUCCCCGCCUCUGGUGCCUUCAGAGAGCUGGUCUCCUGCUCAAACUGCACCGACUACCAGGCCCGGCGCCUCCGCAUCCGCUACGGUCAGACCAAGAAGAUGAUGGACAAGGCCGAUUACGUGCACAUGUUGAACGCCACCAUGUGCGCCACCACUCGCGUCAUGUGCGCCAUCCUGGAGAACUACCAAACCGAGGAAGGCAUCGUUGUUCCAGAGAUGCUCCGGCCGUUCAUGCCUCCUGGCUUGACAGACUUCAUAAAGUUCGUCAAGCCCGCUCCCAUCGACCAGGAGAUGGCUAAGAAAGCGAAGAAGCAGAACGACGGAGGGAAGAAGAAGAAGCAGGGAGGAGGAGACCAGAAGCUUCCCAACGCCAUGGAGACCAUGUCCGUCAACGACUCGUAGGCCGCAGCACGCGGCGGCGAUCGCGUCGCUACGACACCCCACGAAGAGAGACACCGAUGGAACAGAGCUCCGUCACAUGUGUGUCUAUCUGAAUGGAUGGUGUUCAUCUCAGCUGUUCCUCCCCACAUUCACGUAGAGCACUGAGAAAGGCCCACUCUCUGUGCUCUCACCUACAUAUACAGCUCACUUCAGAGUCCACUGACCGUCCGUCCGUCUGUCUGUCCGUCUCUUUCUCACCUCUGCAGCGACACUGAGCCUAAAACGAACAGAUGAGACUACUGCUAAAAUCCUGGCUUCACUUCAUUGCAGUAGUUUCAAAGACUUAAACGUUACAAGUACAUGUUAGUCUGCAGCUUUCUGGGAUCUGUAAUGGGCAAUAAAGGUGUGGGGGUUUUUUAUCCCGUAUAACUGGUCAAUAACUGAAAUCUUCAGCUUUUUUUUCCUAGAACAAAACCUGCAUCUCUAAUGUAAAAUGUUAUGAAUAUGAGUCUGAAACAGCUUUAAAGCUGAUCUAAAUUCUACUAUUCACGAAUCAAUUUCAAUCAGGGAUCGGGAAUUUGAUCCUGUCUGAUUUAGGCUUCUCUUCAUCUUCUCUGACCACAAUCAUCAUCUUCUUCGACCUUUGUUGCGAGACGUCAUUGUUGAACAUAAUGCUUUUCUUGGCUUAUGAUCGAGACAUUGUAUGAACUCGCUAAUAUAAAGAUAUAUAUGAUUGAGCAUUGAUGAAGUGGCACUUUCUGCAAAACAAAUAUUAAAAACGGUUGGUAUG